UCUUGGAGUUGACUCUCUGGGCAGUAAGAAGGCUAGGUAUCAUGUCAGUGAUACAUAAGUGAGUAACCGGACCAUUGACAUUUCGAGAGCUUUCCCUAAAGCCAUGUAAUUAGCAACAUCUGCGAUGUGGACACAAACCUCGAUAGGCUCAAGCAAUAUGUUGAAGAUGUGCAUUAUGACACCAGAGGCUUGGCCGAGCAGACCGGCCAGAAUAGCAUGCAUGCGUCGCAAAUAAACACACUCGGUAGAGCUAUCGAUUCUCUUUCCGUCACCUCGAUGUCCCAUCCAGUGCUGCAAGCCGAUCAAAUCGCAGCUCUGAUCUCAGCAAUCCCACGUGCCGCCCUUGAACAGAAUGAUCCCUCGAAUCCACUCAACGCACAUACGACAGACCUUUUGUGGCUCCUAGCCGCAAAGGCCGCAGUGCAGACUUCGGGGGCGGUACUGAAGGUCCUUCUGAAGCAAAUCGUCGACUUAAAUGAUGAAAUUGGCUAUUGGGAAGAUGUCAUUUGUUCCCGCUUCAAUACUGGGAUCUAUACACUCCAGACAUUACCCGUGAAGGUUUGGCAAAGAGCCUCACACGCCUUUACGAACAGGCCUAACGGAGAUACCACAACCCCCCCUGCAUCUAUCGCAGUAGAUUGGAUGCAGUUCUACAAUUUGACUCGUGGGUGUCUUAGUCCACUCUGGUGGUAUUCACUGAGGCCCAGAAUCCUUUCGCCGCUUCUCGCAUCCAGGUCGGAAAUAUAUCGAAAGCGAGAUUUGUUGAGGGAAAUGAAAGACUUGAAUGCUUGCAGUGUUGGAAUUCUAAUGAAGAAAUGUAUUUCGCAGUAUGUCAUGCGUGAACACAACGACCAAACAUUUUGCGAGCCCUUUGAUGGUCUUUGGCGUGAUGAGAUAUCCAGGAGUGUUGCACUUAUGGUUGCUCUUCUUAAAAAGCCCCAAGAUAAAAAUGACCCACAGCUUCUCGAGGAGCUGGUUACGACAAUUGAUGAAUCAGAAGCCUCUUCUCAGUUCCACCACGUGGCUCGACAUACAUGCCAACCACCUGCAGUUGUUAUCGAACAGCUCAGGCACAUACUUGAUGAUCUCCUUCCAAAGCAUAUUACACUCUCCGCACGUUCCAUUAACACUUUCGGGCGACCAUCCCGCGUGGUGCGCUACUGGCUGCCCGUUUCUGUGGCACUUUUCUCAACGAGUACUUUGUUCAAGUUUCUAGCAAAUCGACAUGAUGAAAUCAUCGGAUGGAUUGUAGAUAUCGGGUCAACUACUGUGCAAUUCUGGAGCAACUGGGUUGUGCACCCAGUCCAAAGACUGAUCAGAACCAUCAGACACGAUGAGAACAGCGAUAUUGCAUUAAUGAGCAGGAAUAGCUUAGAAGCUGACCGAGCGAGCCUCGAGAGAAUGGUUAUUGAUUUCACCAAUGAUCAGAUAGAAUCUCGAAAUGGAGAUCCCAGCAUGAACACACAUGCAGUCACAGAAAAAGUCAGAGAGGGGGAUUUGACUCCAGUCCUGAGGGCAUAUGAACGGGACUUGCGAAACCCUUUCAUUGGAACAGUAAAGGGUGAUCUUGUGCGCGCUCUUCUGAUUCAGAUCCAGAAAACAAAAGUCGAUGUCGAAAUCGCAAUAGGCGGUAUUGAUUCGCUCCUGAAAAGCCAGGAGCUUGUUUUCGGGUUCGUAUUACCCUCCAAAUAUUAAUACUGGAAACUGACGAGUAUUAGAUUUGUUGGACUGACACCGGGCAUCAUGGUAUCGUAUGCAUGCCUGCGAUGGAUUUGUGGGGUUUUCAGCACCAGGCAGGGGUUGAAAGUCGGUAGACAGGACGAAUUCAGACACGCCAUGAGGUAGGCGACAAGUCCUUCGCGGGAU